AUGGCGAAGGUUCCCGGCCAAACCUUAGACGACGGGGAGCUGUGGAUGCCCUCCGAGUCAUCGCGAGUUGCGGUCCCACAACGCCGCGAGAUCCCAAGGGGGCCCAACCUCGAUACGCUGGCGACCCAGCUCGCCGCUCUUGGGUUUUUAGACCCGUGCCCGAAGCCCAAUAAUCUCCCAGAUCUCCCCAAGAAUAAAACGCCGGGGACUGGUUUCGGAUUCGGGUACGAGGAGUAUCGGACUCCCGUCGGAACUGGUGCGUAUUUGGUUGGUAACGGAGCCGUUCAGCAGUUUAAGCCGGUUCAAGCUCAGGUUGCAAAUGGGUUUGUGCAAAAUCCGCGAAUGGGAGGGAGGGUUUUGCAAAGGAAGCAGCAGAAUGCGGGUACUACUCAGUUUUACCCGUUUGCUGUUAACGGGUCGGGUCGAAGUUGUUCAGGGACUGGAGUUUUCCUGCCAAGGACUAUCAACAAUGAAGUCAGAAGAAAACCUUUACGCAUGAAGGAUAGUGAGCAGAGGCAACCACCUUUGAGGCCGUUGAUCAAAGUUCAAGCUCCAGCAGAGCUCACUCUGCCUCCUGAGUGGACUUAUUGAAACUAACCCAUCUACUUCUGUGUUGGUCUAAUAAAAGUUAGGGUGGGGGAGCGCAUGAAAAAAAAACCAAAAAAAAAUGGGGAAAAAAUAUAAUAAUAACGAUGGACGCAGCAGUCAAAGGAAAGACGUACGGAGACAAAAGCGAGAAGCUGAAGAAGGUGGAGCAGGGUUCUAGUCUUAUUUGUCUUUUUCUGUAGCUUUCUUUAUCUUGUCCUCGGCUUGUCCGUGUCCUUUUGUGGGCUUGCUGUGAAGUUAUAAAUGGAAUAAAAAUAAUAAAUGAAACGGGUGUUUGUUUUUUU